AUGUGCGACAGAAGUCUGAACCACAUACCAAAGAGUGAAGAACGUGUGAGUAGAACAACGAACAGGGUGUCGUCUGGAGGCUUUACCUCUCCACCCCCUUUGGAAGCUGUGUCCCAACUGAAGCGCGCUUUUGAGGCGGUGGCCAACGGCAAUCCCUCCGUGGGACUCAAGGCUUCUCAUGGCGUUGUGCUUGCCACAGGAAACAGGCUAGGGGCAUUAUAUGGGGCCCACAUUCCGCACUUUGUGACUGCGAUUGACAAGCAUAUUGGUGCCGCGUUUUCCGGACUGUGUCCCGACUAUCGCCUUCUCGUGAAGAGGGCCAAUCAAACGGCGAGCGACUAUCGUUACGCUCACAAGGAGCCGAUUAGAGUGCCGCAGCUGGUGAAUGGCGUUGGCACCUUCAUGCUGGAGUACAUCCAGCCCGGGGGCACUCGCCCUUUUGGUGCGUCUAUGUUGAUCUGCGGCUCGCACCAAAAGGAUUACUAUAUACCCCUGCAGGCCGUUGCACAGGGCGUCAACGCAAAAGAAUGCAACAUUUUCCGGGCGGAUCAAUACAAAGCUGAUUUAAGGAUAGAGGAAUCCGCUACACUAGCAGUUCGCUGUCUGAAGAAAGCCUUCGGGAAUGCCCUGACUGGCGUCAUCGUUGAGGUCGGGAUUUGUAUGGCGAGUAGAUUCCAAGUUCAGAAACCAACGACCGUCGCUGAACUUAUGGCCAAAUGGGCCUAA